AUGUGGUACUCGUUGUCACUUCUGCUGUUGACGGCCUCGACUGCCACCGCUAGCUAUGCAGGCAAUCUCAACUACCGCAGUCCCUCCUACAACCAUCCUGAACUGGGGGUUUCAAUCCGCAAGGUAGCCAAGCGGGGUGAGCCGACAUCGGCCUUUGAUCCUGCCAAGUUGAACUUUACCCACGGCGUGGCUUCAGGUGAUCCCUAUGCUGAGUCCGUCAUCUUGUGGACACGAUGUGCUCCCAGCUUUGAUGAUGUCAAUGACAACAGUACUACAUCUGGACUGGUUCCUCUGUACAACCCAGUGCCUAUCUACUCGGGCAAGCACAGGGGCAAGCCGGUCUCCAAGGCACCUGUCUGCCUGAACUAUAAGGUUUCUCGUGAUGCUGGCAUGAAGAAAGUUGUCUCAGAGGGAACCGCCUUCACCAGCUCUGAUAUUGACUACACUGUCAAGGUCGAGGCAACCAAGUUGAAGCCGUUUACCACAUACUACUACCAGUUCAACGUGUGCAAUUCGGACAACAAGAGUCCCAUUGGGCGGACCAAGACCGCUCCUGCACCGGAGGAUGAUGUUAAGAACAUCAAUUUGGCGGUGUACUCCUGCAGCAACUAUCCUUUUGGUUUCUUCAACGGCUAUGGAAAUACUGUGAGGAAGGACUCUGUAGACUACGUUGUGCAUCUAGGUGACUACAUUUAUGAAUAUGGAAACGGCGAAUAUGGCUGGGGCAACAGUCUGGGACGCAUUCCUCAACCAGACCGAACCAUUUUCACUCUCUACGAUUAUCGCAAGCGCCUGGCCACUUACAGGACCGAUUUGGAUCUUCAGUUGAGUCACCAGAACUAUGCUUGGAUUCCAGUUUGGGACGACCACGAGGUGUCUGACAACACUUAUCGCGACGGAUCCUCCAAGCUCCACAACGAUGAAGAGUCCUUCCUCACGCAUGGCGGAGUGUCGGUUGACCAACGCAAGAUGAACGCCGUCCGUGCUUAUUUUGAGUGGAUGCCAAUCAGGUCAGCUUCUGACACCCAUUCCCUUUGUCCGAUAGUAACUAACCUGCGCAGACAAGUUGAAAUGGAUGACAACCUUCGUAUUUGGAGAAACUUCCAGCUCGGCUCUCUCGUUGACCUUAUCAUGUUGGAUACCAGGCAGUAUGAUCGCUCUAUCACCGAUACCUACGAUAAUACCGACUAUAUCUAUGACAUUGCCAACGAUGCCAGUCGGACCCUGAUGGGUAGCCGCCAGGAGAACUGGUUCUACCGUACUUUGAUCGACUCGGCUCGCCGAGGUGCCCACUGGCGCAUUAUUGGUAGCCAAAUCAUCUUCUCUCGCCUCAAUCAAUCCAUUGCCAACAGCGAGCACCCGCUGAACGUCGACGCCUGGGAUGGAUAUCUGGCCAACAAGAACCGCACACUCCAAACCCUCUACGACAACCAGAUCGACAACAACAUCAUGAUUGCGGGUGAUUCUCAUGCCAACUGGGUGAGCGAUGUGGCUUGGAUCGACAACAAGCCGUACGAUCCCAAGACCGGCGCUGGUGCCAUUGGUGUUGAAUUUGCCGGGACUGCACUCACUUCCCCCUCGCCCUAUGGACAGAACAUUACGAUUGCCGAUGCCAACAAGGCCUCGAAGGCUCUCGUCACUGACAAUGAAGAGCUUCAAUGGUCGGAGCUCUACUACCGCGGAUACUUUGAGCUUCAUAUCACACCUCAGGAAGUCGAGGCCCGCUUCUUCGGUCUACCCAACAUCAAGGAGCGUAAUGGCGAGGAAAUUUCCCUUGCCAACUUCACCGUCAAGAGCGGUGCCAAUCAUCUGGAACGCAACUCCCAUGGCGUUGUGGGUGGAGGCGCUGUGGCCAACGGAUGGCUCAAGAACGGGCAGGUGGUGCCUACCAACCAGACGAAUAACACUUAUGGGCAGUAA